ACCCGGAAGUGUUCCCUGACCUGGAAACGUGGGUUUCGGGUUAAAGCGCGAAGGCGGCCUUGUUGAUCCUUGUGUGUGUGAGAGAGGGAGAACCCGUUCCCGACGCUGCACUGGGUCCCGUACCUUUCAUCAGCUUGUUGCUAUGUCUGUGGUUCCGCCGAGCCGCUCGCAGGCGGGCUGGCCCCGCGGAGUGUCUCAAUAUGGGAAUAAGUACCUGCAGGCAAAGCCGCUAACCCUGGAGAGGACCAUCAACCUGUAUCCACUGACAAAUUACACCUUUGGUACCAAAGAGCCUUUGUAUGAGAAGGACUGCUCUGUGGCAGCCCGAUUUCAGCGCAUGCGGGAGGAGUUCGAGAAAAUUGGCAUGAGGCGCACUGUAGAAGGUGUUCUGAUUGUGCAUGAACACAGACUUCCACAUGUACUGCUAUUACAGCUGGGGACAACCUUCUUCAAACUACCUGGUGGUGAGCUGAACCCUGGAGAAGAUGAGGUUGAGGGUCUGAAGCGUCUAAUGACAGAGAUCUUGGGUCGCCAAGAUGGUGUCCAGCAAGACUGGGUAAUCGAUGACUGCAUUGGCAACUGGUGGAGACCCAACUUUGAGCCCCCGCAGUAUCCCUACAUUCCAGCUCACAUCACCAAACCCAAAGAGCAUAAGAAGCUGUUUUUAGUGCAACUUCAAGAGAAAGCCCUGUUUGCAGUGCCAAAGAAUUACAAAUUGGUUGCUGCGCCAUUAUUUGAGCUUUAUGACAAUGCUCCAGGUUAUGGACCGAUCAUCUCUAGUCUUCCUCAGCUUUUGAGCAGGUUUAAUUUUAUUUAUAACUGAAGUUUAUGGAAAUACACAACGUGCGAUCAUGAUGGCCCAAGUAGGUCAAGUUUCCUUGAACAUCUUCAACUAUGAAUUCUAUCAGCCAUUGACGAUUAGAGUCCGUGUCAGUCGUAUUUUUUUUUCCUCUGCAGCACUUGCCCUGAUUUGGCUGAUGGUUUGUUCAAUUUUACAAUAAUUGAAGACAACUUAACUAGCACAUUUUUUAGAAAAUUUCUGCUCUUGUGUAACUGUUUGCAUUUUCUACUUUAUUAAAAGGAGAAGGAUACGUAAUGUGUUUUUAAUUGACUAAGAUUCAUGACUUUUUUUUUUGUAUUUCAUCCUGUUUUGUAAAUGGACGCAGCAUUCAACCUUUGGACUUAUAACACUCAACUGAUUCUGCUGUUUAGUUUCUAUGAUAGGAACUUGGUUUCAUCGUCUACCCUUUUGAAACAGUAGUUUUCUUGGUCAUCUUUAGCCUUGUAGAGAUAUUGUCUGAUUUAUGAUCAGUUUUGGGGCUCUUACUCAGGUUUUACCUUGUUGGUUGGGAUGUUAAUGCUUGUCUAUUUUACAAACACCUAUCUGCUGCUUCAGGCAGCGUUUUUGAAGUGUGUAAAUGAUCUGUCUGUUUGUGGAACUUUGCAAGUUGCUGCGGGGUCUGUGUAUAACUUAAAAUGUUUGUUUGUUAUUCUGAACAUUAAAAUUAUUUUCAACCAGUG